GGAAAAAAACAUUUUUUUUUCAACGGUUUUUUUAUGUUCAUUCCAGUUUGUUUUUUUGUCGAAUCGAAUAAUCGAAUAAUAGCCAUUAUCAAAGAAAAAUGAUGCCCAAUGGUUUUAAUUCGAAUCGUAAAUCGACACAAAAUCGUGCCUUCGGUUUUGAUACAAUGUCAACGAAAAAAAAUAAUUCAAAUCAUCAUCAUUUAUUUCAACAGCCACAAAAACCACAAUUUCAAAGUCAUAUACCAUCGGCCAUAAAAUCAGCGAGUCGUAUUCCAAAUCAUCGUCCAUUCAAUGAUCAUGGUUUUGGUGGGCCUAAUAAAUUUGGUGGCUUCAAUUCGGUGCAGAAAAAUCAUGGCUCAACAAAAUUAUCAUUUGGUAUGGCAUCACAAACUAGACCAUCCGGAUCAUCAUCAUUAUAUACACCGAAUAGAGUUUCAUCAGCCAUACGAUUAUCAUCAUCACGUAAAUCAUCAAUUGCAUCAUCAAGAAAAUCAAAAUCAAUAGAUAAUCGUCAUUUGACUGAUCAAAAUUAUCAUCGUGAAUGUGCAGAUAAAAUUAUCGAUUUUCUCAAUAUAAAUGGCUUUCCAAUACAAUUGAAUCGACAAAAUAUAUUACGACUUUCAUUGAGUGAUGCAUCCAAAAUAUUUAAAUUUUUAUUUUCAUUUUUCAAUGAAAAUAUUGCUAUAAAAAAUGGCCCACAAACCGCAUUGAAUCAAGUGGUACCGAAACAGAUGCAAUUACUUGGUUAUCCAUAUUUGAUAAAAAAUUCUGACCUAACAUCAUUUAUUGGUGGACGACAACUUGGUUUGGUGCUAUCUAUGUUAGAUUUCCUUAUCGAUGCUAUUAACUAUUUGAUAAAUUUUGAUUUUAAUCGUUUACUUGGUUAUAAUAGCAAUGGAUUCUGGUCAGAAAAUGAAACAAACAUUAAAGCUGAUAUGAAUGACGACGAUGAUGCUAUUUAUAUGAAUAAAGUGUUACUACGAAUAUAUGAUUUAGUAUCUAAAUUUGAUUGGGAUAAUCAUGAUGAUGUUGAACGAUUUAAUGAAGAAAAUGAUAAUUAUUUUAAAUUAUUGGCUGAAAAAUUUUAUGGCACAGAAGAACAAUUGGAUAAAUUACGAAAUGAUGAACUACAGCAAAAGGAAGAAAAAUUGCAACAAGAAUUGUCAUAUCUGAAUGAAUUACCAACGAAACUUUUGGAAUUGAUGGAUGAAAUUGAAAGUUUGCGAAUAUAUAUUGAUGAAAUGUCUAAACAUAAACAAGCAAAUCUGGCAAUCAAAAAUGCUUUAGCUGAUGAAAUCAAAUCAAAUCAAGAAGAUUUUGAAAAAUUAUUGGCCGAAAAUCGACGUCUUGAAUCGAUUGUUGAUUCACAAAAACAUUUGGUUAUCGAAUACCAAUGUGCAAUCGAGCGUCGCAAACAAUCGCAGAAAGAAAUUGAAAAAAAAGAACAAGAUUGUCAUGAAAUAAAUAUGGAAAUAUUGAAAUUAACAUCUGAAAUCAAAGAUGAACAUUCAAAAUUAGAAUCAUUUUUAUGUGAUAUACAUGAAAUGUUGACGUUAUCCUGUAAAAUGUAUGAAAAUUCACAAAUCCAUGAUUUUUUUCCUGUUGGUACGAAAAAAUUUACCCAAAAUUCUAAAUGGAUAGAAUUUAUGAAUAAAUUUCAGCAAUUGAAAUCGAUAAACAUUGAUGAAAAUUUAGUGGAAAAAUUUACAACAUUAAAGAUAAAAGAAAAUAUUAAUGAUUUUCAUAUGCAUAUAAUUGAAAUAAAAACCAAAUUGAAAUCAAAAAUAUCAUUAGAUAUUGUGUUUGAAAAUGAAAAUAAACAAAAACAAUACCAACAACGGCAACAAGAAUUCACCGGAAAGAAAAAUCAAUUUGAACAAUUGUGGCAACAAAAAAAUGAUAAUCAAUUUGAAUAUCCAAUAAAAAUUGUUGAUUUGAAUAAAGAAAUUGAGCAGUUAAUGGAGAUUAUUGAUCAUGAAAAAUCCAUUGAAACGAUUGAAAUGGAUGAAAAUAAAUUGAAAAAACAAAUCCAAGAAAUGGAAGAAAAAUUUUUUGAGAAACAAUCUCAUUUCAUUGAUGAAUAUAAAAAACGUGAUCAAGAAUUUCUGUCAAAAGAAUCAAAACUAUUGGCGGAAGUAGGUGAAAAAUAUCAAACUAUUGAAAAACCUAAAGGUAAAAUGAAAAAAACUUUGACAAAAAUGAAAAAACGAUGAUGAAC